CGAAACGAACGCGCGAUUUAAACCUCCCAAACGCUUGUCUUUGUUGGCGUCAGAGAGUAAACAUUAGCUCCUUCUGUUAAAACCCUAGAAUUUUUUUUUGCUGGCACUUGAAGACAAAUUUCGAGGUAUGCAGUGACAGGCAGAAUGAAGCCAGGCGGGCUUUGCUCCCCAACUGAUGGGAGCAGCAUGCCUUCUGGGGACACCAUUAACUCCCUGUCAUCGCACAAAUCACCCAGCAAAGGUGGCCAUCAUCCUGAGACAACCACAGCCGAAGAAGGAUAUGUGGACCUGCCUCCCCUGCCACCAGAAGGCCAGCUGCAGCUUGUACCUCAGGCCAAGAGCCACGCCAACGGGAUGCUUCCUCAUGAGGGGAUCCCCAAUGGAUUACUUUCCCAUGGCAAAGGCCCGGUGGUGCCUCGUCAUGUGCGGCUGCCUCUGCAUGGCGAGAGCAGUCGUGAGAAGGGGUCAGUGCCAUGUGCCACUUCACCGAGGAAAGAUGAAAGUAAAUUUAGUGGCGCUGGGAUGGGCCAGAGCCUAUCAAAGCCUACUGAUGCUGGGACCUCCUCUAGCUUAACAUUUUCUCAUUCACUGCCAACCAUGUUUAAUAAGCCAUUUCAGCAACUGUCUGUUGUCACAUCACCCCUUAACUACUCAUCAUCAAAGUGCAAUGCUCCUAUCAAUGCAGUACCAUCUUGUCCUGGAGGUAAUACUUUAUCUCCGAAGAUGGUAUCACCAGGUCAGGGUGUUUCUCCCAAGGGUGUAGGCCUCACAUCACCCAAGAGCCUGAAAAGUCCAAAGGGCAGAAGAAAAUGCUCGCUGGAGGAAAUGGUGACCAAGUUGCAUAAUCGUACAGAGGCUUUUCAGAGUGGUGUCAGUGUGUUGCCAUUUUCACCAAAAAGUGUUCUGUGUGAUGAUGUGAAAUUAAAGAACAGUGCAGAGACUGUAGACAGAAAGACUCCCCUGCCUGCAAAGGGAAGUCUCUCUGAUUCCCAGACACAGAGUGGAGUCAACUUCCCAAAUAUUUGUGAUAACAAUAACACUGCCAGAAUAUGUGAUGCUCACCCUGCUUCGAACCCUGCAGUUGAAGUUGCAAGCACUAGACUUCAUGAUGAGACAGACAAAUGCACUGAUAGUUCUUCAUUGACAGUGUGUGAUAUAAAAAGUAAAGUAGAUGCUGAUGUGUCUCCUGAAAAGAUCAUAUCCAAUGAAGAAGUGAGUAAAAGCCAGAAAAUGCCAGUUUUACAUUUAGAUAAAUCUUGUGUUGACAGUUACACUCAAGGAAAUCGUAAUGAAUUAGAAGGAAAUCAUGGAACAUGUGUUGAAAGUUUAAUUUCUAAAGUAGAUGGAAAAGGGAAUACUAGUAGCUUACAAUGCAUUGCAGAAGUGGCAAAAAAUGCUCAAUGGGGAGAUAUGCUCAAUCAGUGCAGUUCUAAAUCAGAAGUGCAAUGUAUAUCACAGAAUAAAAAAUGUAAUGAAAAUCAAGCCAGAACAGAUUGCCACUUAGGUGAUUCAUCUACAUCCUCUAUGUCAGAUAAUUUGAAAAGUGAUCAGCAGCAGCAUGCCUCUGACGAGUAUUCUGCAAGAAGUGCAGCAGCGGCUUUGCAGUUUGCUGAAAGGACUGAGUGUGGUUUAGUGGGAGGGGGAAAGGAUCACCAGCUAGUUGUGGAAUCCGAAAAAGUGCGAGAAGAAAUGGGCUUGAGAGACUUGACUCUAAGUGAUGAUAAGGGUAGUAGAAACGUAGAAGGGAAAGAAGGAAGUGAAAAUCUUGUCAGUGAAUCCUUUGAGGUUAUUAGUAAGAAAGUUAUUGGAGGAGGUGUUGCAGAGGAACAGCAGGUCUUGGAGGUCAUACUAAGUGAACCACAAGGCAAUAAUAAAAUGAAAACACAACUGAGUGGUGGUGAAUGCUAUAGUGUGAUGUCAAAUGCUGAAGUUUUAAAUGUGGAACUGAGUGAUAAUGUUGCAGGUAAACUUCAGAGUGAAAAGGAAGAACAACCUGGUGAUAAAGCUGAAUGUGAACCAAGUGUACAGGAGGUAGUAAAUAAAAAAGAAAGUGAGAAGGUGGUAAGUGGUACAGAGCAAAGUGGUGGGAAUAUAACCGGUGAUAACACAUUAAGAAGUGACCAGCAAAAAGACAGAGAGUGUAUGAAUAAUCAGAGCAGUCUAAAAGUCGUGAAUAAGUUGAUAGAUUUAACUGCCGAGUCAGAAAGUGCCAGGAGUAGUAGUGUAGAGCUCAUUGAAAAUGAGCCAGUGGAAAAUGUGGACAGUGAGAGUGAGAUAGAAAUUUUAUAUGAAAAGAAAGAUGAAACUGGAAGAGAUGAUAACACAGAGAAAAGUUUGCCUAGAGGUACAGAGGUAUUGAAUUCUCUUCAGUCUACACCAAGUCAGGUUUUGCCAGCUGUUGUGAACAAAGAGUCUGAAGCACUGCCAUAUUUAGAGCCAAUAUCAGAUGAUGAGAACUCCCUCUUGUGUGCUCCCUCCACCUCAUCUGGCCUUUCAUCUGUCUCUGGUUUUCAGAGCAAUUCUGAUACUCCCAUGUUCUCUGAUACUCCCUCCGAUGCAUCGCGUGGGGCAAUUAUGGUUAGAAUCUCUGAUGCUGUUGCUGCAAUUCUGUCAGAUGUGUCUGAUGAAAGCCUUCCAGAUUCCCCAUUGUCAUUUAGUGAUAAAACUCAGGGUUCUAGUGAAAAAUCAGAUGACACGAUACGUAGUAACACAAGUGAAAAAAUAUAUGCAAAUAAAUUGGAUAGUGAAAAAUUACUUUCUACAGCCGUGGAAAAAAUAUCCACUGAAGAAACCACUAAGGAUUCUGAAAGUCUAAAGGACAGAGGCCUAACAAAAGACACAGUUCAGCCCAUAUCUGAUUCAGCUUCCAUUAUUGAAACUGAUGAUAGUGUGUGUGUGGAUAUUUGUUUGAAAAGUGAACAACUGGGACCAAAAAAUACAGAAUCUGUGGAGAAAAUGGUUUCUUGUGUGCAAAAGCCUACUGUGCAAAGCCUGCCCUGUAUUACUGAAAAUGAGAAAAGGUCUCUAGAAUCUCCAGAACCAAGUAGAAAUAUAUGUGGGUUGGCUCCUAGUACUCUUAGUAAAUUGUGUAGCAAUAGUGAACAAGAAGGUUCUUGUCAAGAUUCAGGGUUGAAAACUGCUUACCAUGAACAGCAAAAGCAGUUAGAACCUCCAUCACUCUUAGGAGAGGUUGACACUGGAUCAGCAGAUGAGUCCUCCACCUCUAAAUCAACUAGUGGCAUUACUCCUAUUGGCCAGUCAACACAAUCAUCACAAGAUUCAAGUUUAUCCACAGAUAAGCUUGACCCUCUUAGCUCACACACACAGGUACUUUUAGCAGAAUCAUGUACCGUAGCUUGUUGUAGUAUGCCUAAUAAUAGUAGCCAUAUAUGCCAAAACCUCAUCUCAGGAUCUCAGAAAAGUUCUAGUCAAAACCAAAACUGCAAUACAUCACAGAGUGGGGGCAGCAAAGACCUAGCAGGUCUUGUGAUUAAGCAGGCCGGUGCAAUUGUACAUAAUGAUGAAUUGGCCAAGGAAAAUAGGGUAGCUGGAUGUGAAUCUGGUGAUACAAUAACAAAGAGGCUCAUGUCUCACAGUGAAGAUGGAUGUGCUAGAUUUCCAGGAAAAAAGAAAGAAAAUUUCACCAACCAGUCUGAUGGUACAACCACUAGAUCUGUGCAGCUCAGUGAUGGAGUGUUACCUACUGCAAUGUCAGUGGUAGUUGACAAUGCAGUUGUCACUUCUGAUUUGGCUGUAUCAUAUGGAGAUAAUGCCCAAAUAUUGAAGGAGAAAGUAUUUUCAGAAUCUGAAGUUCCUGCUAUGGAUGACCAAAGAGGAAGUGCAUAUUCACAUGAUUCUACUGCAUCAGAUGAGAUUAGUGGCGACAGGGUAACAGGAACCCAAAAACACACUAUUGGAGACUGUAAAUGUGGUAGUAAGGAAGUUCCUGAUAGGGAGAGGAGUGAAGGACCUGAAAAGAACACAAAGGAUGUUUCCACAUAUGAGAAGAGUAUUGCUAGUAGUGACAGAAGUUUAGAAAAUCACUUGAUUGGGCAACCAGAUGUACUAACUGCAGACUGCAAGCAGAAGUUCCUGGAUGAAAGUAACCUACCUGAAAGGGCUUCCGAAAUAUGUGAGCAGCUUAAGAGACACUGCCACACUUUCCUUGAUGUUAAUCAAUCUAGAAUGGUUGACUUACAUGCAUUAUCCAAUGAUAUUUGUGUUAAGACUUGUCCAUCAAACACAGUGGCUCAGGGUAGUGAAGAAAGUUGUAAAACAUCAUCUAAACCUAUGGAUUUCUGUCUUCUGGCAGAGGCUUCUGCAUCCUCCAAAACAUAUACUCAGGAUAACCCUGAUCUGGGUAGGGAAGGUAAACUAAUUCCUCCGGCAAGUAAAAUUGUUAAUGAAGUUGCCCAUCCACUGCCAGCUGAAGUUCAAGACAGUCUUCCUCAAAAUGUGGCUGCCACAGAUGCCAGUCAUCCAGUUACAAAAGACACUUUGGCCACAGCUAAAGGAUAUUCACCAGUAUCUGAGGCAGAGCAAGGAACUGUGGAAGAACCAUCAUCAAGUCAGAAGACAUUACAGACUUUUGAAGCCAGUUUUGAAAUACCUGACAGAACUGGUGCCUCUUGCACAUCUAAUGAGCCUUUGGAUGACAGCCUUGCUCUUGCAAAUGUUACUGAAAUCAAUAAGAGACCAGAUGAAAUAAGUAGAACAAAGUUUGCCCCCACUGAAGUUGUUGAUUUUGAAGCUUAUCAUGGACAUCCAGAGAUUUCUGAUUUUAAACAUGUACCUUCUAAAGAUGCAAAAGCUAGUCAGGUAGCAGCAGACAUUACUGAAACCAGUCAUGCAUCAUUGGAGAUGCCUAAGUCAAAUGAGGUGGCAGCUGGACUUUGUUCUGUAAUAUCAGAGUUAUGUAAAGUCAGUACAGCAGCAGGUGAGGCAACCAAAGUUGCAACAUCUGAACAAGUUAGUGCGUGUAUGGAAACAACAGAUGAGGCUGCUAAAUCCGGUCAGGUAUUAGCUAAUGUUCUUGAAGUUUGUCAGGGAGCAGCUGAAUUAUGUAAAACCAGUCAAAAAGCAGCUGACAGAAUGGAAGCCAGCAAAAGUGAAACUGAUGAAGCAGCAACUGUUAAAGAAAGAAGCUGUACAACAAGCCAAACAACUGUGGAUAUCUUUGAAGAAAUUCAGUCACUGGCAAAAGCUGUCCAAGAAAAAGAUGAUGUUAGUGAAACUCCAUAUAAAUGGGUUGAUAUGAAAGGAAUGUCUACUGCAGUCAGUAUUUUUGAUUCCUGUUCUAGUAUUUCAAAAGGAGAGCAGCUCCCAGUUGUCACUGAAUACCAACAUUCCCCCAAAGAAACAGAGACAUGUCAUCCACCAACAAGGGCUAAUAUAACAGAUAUUUGUUCAUUAGCUGAAAAUAGCACUAAAAUGAUUGGUUUAGGUGACAGAAAGGAAACAUGCUUUUCAAAUGCUGAUGUAGAACCCAGUAAUCAAAUGGGUAUUUUAAAAACUGAAAGCCAAGCAGAAACUUGUGUCAAUUUUCAAGAUGUUCAAAGUGCUCCAGUCAGUAAUCAGAUGUUAUGUAGCAAUGAAACGGAAGAAAUGCAAACUGUAAACUGUAACCAGGAUUCUGCAGGUAAAGUUUCAAAGACUGAUUCCUCAGAAAGUUUUCAUCUACCACUGCAAGCUACUGAUAGUAGCCACUCCUUAGAGUCUGUUCAUGUCAUAGAUGACAGGCAUCAUGAAGAAAGUCAGUCAACAGAGAGCCAAGUAUUAGUUGAAAAAAGUGACCCACCAGCUGAUCUGACUAGCAUGAGCCAACCAACAGUUGGCUCAGGAGAGGGAAGUGGUAUUCAAUCUGAUUUAACUGAAAAUACAUCUCCAGUUAACCUAAAUGACUGUCCUCAUCCAACAGAGCAUGUGGUAGAAAUUUUGGCAGCCAAGUCGAGUUGUUCAGUGGCUGGUGACUCUGGAGUUGAUGAAUCAGACAUUGGAAAUGGAUACCAAUCAUCAACUGAUAAGAGUCCAGUUGAUCAUUCAGUAAUUGGUGAUUCUGUAGUUGACGAGGCAGCAUCUGAGAAAACUCUACUUGAGCAUUGUCUAGAUCAUUCUGAUAAACUUCCAUCUGAAGUUUCCCAAGAUAAUCUUGCAGUUGAUCACCCACCAAUAAUGGGUGAUAAUGCCAUAGUUAGUUAUCCACCUGUAGAUGAUACUGUAGUUGCUCAUCCACCAGCUGAUGAGGCAGAAGUUGAUCAUCCACCAGCUGAUGAGGCAGAAGUUGGUCAUCCACCAGCUGAUGAGGCAGAAGUUGGUCAUCCACCAGCUGAUGCUACCAGCUGA